AUGCAGGACUGCAGAGAACCACAAACCUUCAGCCAAAGAAUGCGGGGAGGCCGCCAGGUGAUCCACCAGGCCCCCCCACAAGGAGGCCUGAGGGUUCACCAACAGGCCCCCUACCAACAACAAGAGGAGGCAAGCCCUCCCCUUUGGACGCCAACUUCGUGGGACCAAAUUGAAAGUCUGAGUUUGCGGCUGACAAGAGAGAAGGGUGUAAGGGGAAAGCAGCAAGAAAUAAUUGAGGCCCUCAAGGGCGAAAUUCGAGAACUGCAGCAUAAGGCGAAGCUAGAGAGAUGUGAAGGCUGUGAGAAAGUCUUUUUGCAGAUGAACAUGGGUGAUUACUCCAAUAAAACCAAAGAGGAGCUCAUCGGUGUGAUUUCUGCACAAAAUGACAUAAUCAUUGAAAAGGAGACACCGACAACCCUGAAGGAAGAGGACAUCCACAAAUUGACUAAAUGGGACCUCGCCCGUGCUAACCACAGGCUAGACCUUCAGAUGCAGGGCGUAAUGACUGUGCUGAAGGCACAGGAGGCCGCCAAUAAAGCCAUGGAGCAAGAAAUGGCAGAGCUAAAAAAGCACUACAUCGGUGAGACGACAGCAGCGCCUUUCAGUUUGGAGGAGAAGGUUGAUGAUGCACAAGACAUGGCUGGAGUGCAAGAACUUCAAGAUCAGGUCACAUCUCUGAAAAAUAAGCUUGAAGAUGAAAGACAGAGGGCCUCUACCCUCCAACAAGAACAGGAGGAAAUGAGUAUGUUUGAAGAGAAGAUCAGUAAGGACAGGGAGCAAGUUCAGAAGCUGAAUGCUGAGAAACUUUCUCUGGAAGAACAGGUGAAGAAACUGCAAGAAGAUGUAUACAGCAGAGCUAUGGAGGGAUCCAAAAAUACAGAGAAGAUCCAAGAGCUCAAUGACAUUGUAUCAUCUUUGAGCAACCAGCUGGAGGAGGCCAAGCACCAGCUUCUUGAAAAAAACAAACAAGAACUGCAGCUGGAUGAGAGAAUGGAGGAAGAAAGGGACAUCCUGAAGACCACAGUGGAUGAUCUGCUACCGGAGACAUCCAAACUUGAAGAUCAGGAGGAGACAAGCAAUGCCAUCUGCGAGGAUAUCAGAGAACCCUUCCCCGAACUGGACAGCACUUUGGUGGACAGUGAAGGAGAUGACUCCAAUACAGUCAAGGAGACACCUGGGAUGAUCUCAACAACACCUGAGGUCAUCACAGAAACACCUGAGAUGGAGGCCAUCUCUCUGUGGAGGAGGUUCAAAAAGAGUGUGACUCCCAAACAUCGCCGCCAAUACAAGAGGCAGAGGCAGAGGCAGGACUGA